AUGGGUCAAGAAAAAAGAACAAGAACUAGAAGAAGGAACAGAGUUCCACGCAUCGACUCCGGCUGCUUUUUUCCCAAGCGAAAAAUCUCCGACUCCUUAUUUGAUUUUUCCGAUGAAGAAAACGACUACGUGAACAUCCUCAUACAUAGCCUUUCUAGAAAACCUAAAAGAAACAACAACUUUGAAAAAGGAGAGUCUUCAAAUGCAAAAGAUAGGCUGUUUUAUUGCAAAAUCUGCAUGGAUACUAAAAAGUUGAGGGACGCUUUCUGCCUCAGCGGCUGCAAUCACGUUUAUUGCUCCGAUUGUGUUGCAAUAUACAUCCGUUACAAACUUGACGAUAAAAUUAUUAACAUUAGGUGUCCUUUUCCCGAGUGUCGUGGUUCAUUAGAACCAGAGUUUUGCCGUUCGAUUCUUCCAACCGAUGAUUUUAAACGAUGGAAUAAGGCAGUGUGCGAGGUUUUGUUCAAUAUUACGGAGAAAUUCUACUGUCCCUUUGCGGACUGUUCGGCUCUUUUGAUCAAUGAUGGAACGGAGGCUGUGAGGAAUUUAGAAUGUCCUAAUUGUAAUAGGAUGCUCUGUGGACAAUGUAAGGUUAGAUGGCAUGAAGGGAUCGAAUGCAGCGAGGUUAAGAAAUUGAAGCGGGGCGAUAAGGGGAAAGAUAUUAUGCUGACAAACAUUGCAAAAGAUAUGAAGUGGAGACAAUGUCCAAAGUGCAGACUUUAUGUUGCCAGAUCUGAGAGCUGCAACAUCAUGAAAUGCAGGUUUUAUUCUAGUUAA